CGCGCCCCGGCUCCAAAACGGUAACAGGAAGGAAGAAGACCAUGCGAGAUCAGAGAACCCUGGAUGAGAACAGGACAAGUUCAGAGUCUUUUAAUUGUAUCUGAGGAAGGCCUCAAAACAAUAACUAUUACGGUGUUCAGCUAUAUUACAGUACAUAUUCCCCACUCCCCUGUAUAACUUGACAGUAUAACACCUCCCACCAUGCCAUUGAUUGUGCUGCCCACCUCCCAGCUUCUGUGGGUGCGUGUGGCUGCCCAGUUGUUCUCCUGCGUGGCCUUCAGUGUGGUGGCCCACGGGGCCUCUCUCUCCCACAGGUUAGCAGACUGGUGUGUGUUCUGCUGGGCCUUCAGCUUCUCCGUCACCCUGCUGGUACUGCUGGUGGAGCACUUUGGCCUCCAGGCCCGAGCCCCUGUCUCCUGGAAAAACUUUCCCAUCACCAUGGCCUGCUACGCCACCCUGCUCUGCUUCUCCGCCUCUGUCAUCUUCCCUGUCUACUUCCUCAAGGGCCAGCAGAACCACGGGGAGGCCCGGGACAGACGCAUCGCCUCCACCGUCUUCUCCUGCCUGGCCACCGUGGCCUACCUGUGGGAGGUGACCCUGACGCGGGCGCGGCCGGGCGAGGUGUCGGGCUACAUGGCCACGGCUCCAGGCCUGCUCAAGGUGUGCCAGACCUUCGUGGCCUGCAUCAUCUUCAUGCUGGUCAGCAACCCGGUGUCGUACGAUCAUCACGCAGCGCUCAAGUGGUGCAUGGCGGUCUACUGUGUCUGUUUCAUCCUGUCGGCGGCCGUGGUGGUGCUGUGUGUCGGGGAGUGUACCGGCUUUCUCCCGUUCCCCUUCGCACGCUUCCUGUCAGCCUAUGGCCUGCUUGCUGUUGUCAUGUACCUGACCGCCACCAUCAUCUGGCCCGUGUUCCAGUUCGACAAGAGUUACAGCCACACCCAAACCCGGCAGCAGCCAACACUGUUGACGGUUGCAGUUCUCACCGCUCUCAACUUCCUGCUCUACCUGGCAGACCUGGCGUACUCCGCACGCCUGGUGUUUGUCAGUGUGUGAGGGAGGAGGGGGAGAGAGAGGAAGGGAAGGAGAGGGAGGUGGGACAAAAACUACUGUGUAAAAUUCGUUCAGUUGUGAAAGUUUUUCUGUGUUGCCUUUAUCUUCAACAAGCACCUCUUCAAAGGGGGUGACACUCUAGACCCAAACUGUUAUAGACCUAUAUCCAUCCUGCCCUGCCUUUCUAAAG